AUGGCGAGGAAAGUGACCAGUACUCGGAGUCAAGCUGCUCGUGACAGCUCCAGUAAUGAUGCGAAUCAAUUCUCGGUGCUCGAUAAUGAUCCUGUGCCUCGGCGUUUUGAUCAGAGUAGAGAUCCAUAUUAUAUUGGAAAUGGAGAUCAUCCAUCGGCAAGCUUAGUUCCUAAGAUCCUGACUGGGAGUGACAAUUACAAUGCUUGGAGAAGAUCAAUGAUUGUUGCUCUAUCAGCCAGAAACAAGAUCCAGUUUGUUAAUGGGAAGCUGCAACAACCAGAUGAAGAUCAUGAUAUUUGGAACCGAUGCAAUGAUCUGGUAAUUUCUUGGCUUUUGCAUUCAGUUUCUGUUGAUAUUGCUGAUAGUUUUAUGUACAAAGAAAAUGCAGCAGAAAUUUGGGAUGAUUUGCAAGAGAGAUUUCAUCAGUUGAAUGCUCCAAGAGUUUUUGAAGCUAAAAGAUCGAUGCAAAUGCUAAGUCAGGGAUCUCUUGAUGUCACAGCUUAUUUCACACGAAGAAAGGCUCUAUGGGAUUUAAUACAGUAG